AUGUCUUUGCCAAAGAGGAAGUCGAUGCUAGUGGUGGACUGGCAACAGCUGGUUCUGCGAGUAUUUCUGAGAGUUGUCUCCCUGGCACCUUAUCCUGUAGAAAAAGACAUCCAGCUAAAUACUUUUUCUUCUUUUUGCAGCGUGCCCACCGUCCCAGUGAAGAACCUCAAUGGAUCCAGUCCUGUUCACCCUGCACUGGCUGGGAUCACAGGUAUCCUGAUGAGUGCUGCUGCUCUGCCGGUGUGUCUGACCCGGCCUCCUAAACUCGUCCUGCACCCUCCGCCAGUCAGCAAAAGCGACAUCAAACCCGUGCCAGGCUUUGGUCACUGCUGCAGGAAGACCACCAAGAAGCAGGCUCGCAAGGGUAAAACUCCAGAGGAGGUGGUAAAGAAGUAUCUGCAGAAAGUAAAAAGUCCACCAGAGGAGGACUGUACAAUCUGCAUGGAGCCGUUGGGGGGUCCGUCUGGAUAUAAGGGUCCAGGGGUGGGGCCUGUGUCUCGGGCGGAGUCAGUCGGCCGUCUAGCGCAGUGUGGACACCAGUACCAUUUCCAGUGCCUGGUGGCCAUGUAUAAUAAUGGCAACAAGGACGGAAGUCUUCAGUGUCCAACCUGUAAAACCAUCUACGGCGUGAAGACGGGCAACCAGCCGGCAGGGAAGAUGGAGUACCAUGUCAUCCCUCACUCUCUCCCUGGACAUCCCGACUGCAAAAGCGUACGGAUCAUCUACAACAUACCACCAGGCAUUCAGGGACCAGAGCAUCCCAACCCAGGGAAGCCCUUCACUGCCAGAGGCUUUCCCCGACACUGCUACCUCCCAGACAGCGAGAAAGGACGCAAGGUACUGAGACUGCUCCUGGUAGCAUGGGACCGCAGGUUGAUCUUCUCGGUUGGUACUUCGAGCACUACGGGAGAGUCCGACACCGUCAUCUGGAACGAGGUCCACCAUAAGACGGAGUUCGGCUCCAACCUGACGGGCCACGGUUUUCCAGACCCCGGACACCUGGACAAUGUCCUGGAGGAGCUCCGUGCUCAGGGCAUCACAGAGGAUGACGCAAUGAUGGAAAAGUGAAAGGAUGAGUUAGAGAGAACGAGGAUACAUCCGCCUGAGAGGAAAAACAGAAGAAACUAAGACAGCGAGAAUUAAAGUAACAGCAGAAGCAGCCGAGGGAAGAAAAGAGGAAGAGGUCCUGGACUGAGACAGACUCUCUCUGCCAGCACUUAAACAGAAGGGGGGAUGCGGGGGGUUGUAGAAGAUUGAUUUUGUUUUUGCAGAGGUAACUACUUUUCAAGAUGUCGAUCGUGUCACUGCUGACAAUGUGAGUCGAUCCAAACAGCAAAAAGAAAUGGAGGGGGGGGGGGGAUGGGGGUUAAAGGGAGCCGCAGCACAGACAGGAAAGCAACAAAGAGGAGGAGGGUCACACUCAUGGUUUUAGCCUCUAGAGAUAGGUACUUAACAUGGAGAAGUGUGAAUGAAACGGUACUAACAUCAGGACAAAAAAACAAGUUUACUUUACUGAGAGAAAGAGAAACCAAGAAAAGAUGGCAAAAUGUUAGAGCAGUUCAAGGAAAACUGAGAGAGAGGGGACAAAGAGAGAGAGCAGUCGGAGCAAAUGGGGAGUGAGGAGGAGGGGGAAGGAGAGAAGGAUUGAUGUAGCAGAAAGAUGGAAAAGAUGGUGCAUGAAUGUAGCGUAGGAUAUGAGUAGGGUAAAAAUUAACUUGUACGGUACUUUAGAGAUCGCUGUUAACACAAAGAGACGGUCUGUGUGUGCUUUGAAACCACCUGCCUGCAUGUGGUUGGACUGUGGUGCUGUUGCUCCCUCUUGUGGUGAAACUGCAGGAACUGCAUUUUUGUCUGGAAGCUACUGCAACAAAUCCAAAUGUUACUAUGAGUUUUAUCUACCUUUUGUUACUUUUUUUUUCAUCACUGUUACUAUAACCCUCAUGUAACAUCAUUCCAUACUUUACCUCUUACUUUUGACUCGAUGGGUUUUUUUUUAUACGACCUGCAUAUGUGACAUGACAAAAGACCAAACGAAGGCUGAGUCACUUUGGGCCUAUUUGGAGUCUUACUUUUGAGCCACUGCGGUACAAGUUAACCAUAGAUACACACAGGUACCAGUAUUUACUGAUAUAUCUGUCUUUUAUUUUUAUUCUUUUGACGGUUCACAUGUAUAUCAUUGCUGUUGUGUUCCCCCCUAACAGGGAGACACCGAUAUGAAAAAAUUAGCUGACAUUUGAGGGGGGUUUGAUACUGGAGCAAGAGACCUUAAGAUUGGGCAGAGUGUUGGGAGUCAGGGGAAUGGAGAGGACAGGAGGUAAUACAUUAACUACUGAGACAACGCAGUGUUUAAACGAGCAAUGAUACAAUCCUGCUUUUACCAUCAUUAAUACUGCACCACCAUUCAUCAAGAUUACAAAUCCAGACCCUUAAAUAUCCAAGGAACCUGCCACCAGUCAUAUUCUGGUGAAAUACAACGCUUAAAAAAGACAUCAAAUGAUGGUCCCAUGUCUAUGCCACAGAAGAAAAGCUUCUUUCUUUUUUUUACUUUGACUGGAUACAAAAAGUGUUUGAUGCUGUUUUGGGAAAUCUCCUGACGACACGAUGAGCUAUUUCCUCAUCCUGUUGACAUCAGUUAAGACUUUUAUAAACCUGCAUUGUGAAGUAGGUCUUUCUGGCAUCUUUUUUAAAAUAUGUACAAUCAAAUCUGAGCCACAGUUCUUCAUGUUUUGCAUCAUAAUGCUGUAUUCUGAUUCUAGAUGAUCAGUGGCUAUAUGAAGUGAAAGUGCCACUCACUGGAGACAGAUGAACAUGUGCUCCACACCUGAGAGAAAACACUUGUAGUUUUUGUCUAUCACAGUAAUCCUGUUGGAUGAGACCAGCUAACAGGUUAUCACUUUGGGAAUUGGUCAGCCUCUAGUAGCUCGAUGUGGUGAAGUAAAUCCAGACAAAGUUUCCAGAGUGUGUUUCCAGAUUAGAAUAAAUUCACUGACACCACUCUAACUGGUGUUACAACAUAUCUGGUCGGAUAAAUACUAAGUGGUUGUAUUCAAUUAAAAACAAAUAAUUAUAAAAGAUCCUGCAGUUGAACUCGGCACGCAUGAGAACAUAGCUUUACAUGUAAUAAAGGAUUAACUAAUGAUUAGUAAAGACUUAGAAAUAUUCACAUUUUGACUGUCAAUGUCAAAUUUCUGAUGCUCAGUGUUACACAUAUUUCAAGUAACUCAACUGUACUUGCUCCUGAUUGGCUUUCGCAGCAUCACAAUGCCUGUGAUAGUUUGAAUUGACUGGAUCAAUAUUCUGACAGAUCAGCUGCUUUUCUGAACGAUGAAGAGUAAAAACGUAACGCAAAGCACCAGAAGAAGCAUUCUGUGACGGGUACAAAAACAUGGGACCUUUAAUUGAUCACUUAUUCGCUCAUCCUUAAUGAAACCAGACGUAUUUGUUUGAUCAUAAAUAAUGUUCAAGUCCCUCCUCUUCUUUUCUCUACCUCGCUUGACUCCUCAACAAACCGCCCAGUCUCUGAGUUGGGUCUGUUAAAGACCCUUUAUACAUCGCUACAAGACCUGUGAGUGAGUGAGUGUGUGUGUGUGUGUGUGUGUGCGCGCGCGCUAGUGUGUGAGAUAAACUGUGUACUGUGUAUACUCCCAACAAACCACCGGUUUAGGGUAUUAUUUUGGUACUCCAUGAAAAUCCCAUCAUCUUCACACUGUGAUGAUGACUGAUGAUGGCUCUCUGUACGGUAACUUUUUAAUUAUGUUCUUGUUUUAUAUUAAAUAUCAUUACACCUUUUCUGUUUUUAAUAGCAUUUUCCUUGACACUAUAAUAGAUUAAAUCACCUUUUUCAUUUUGUACUUUUAUCUUAUGAUAAAUAUGUUGUUUUGUUUUUUUCCAUUUGUUACUAUUGGUUUACAAAGACAGUAUUGUGAAAUACAAAGUCUUUUUUCAUGUGUACAGAAGUUAAGCUGAACUGAAUUGUCUUUUCUUUGGAAAAGGAAUCUGAUGGUAGACUUUUAUUUGAGUGUAAAGUGUAAUGAAUUGUAAUAGCAAGUAAAAAGAAAAAAAACCCUUGUUGCUCUUCUGUGAGGUAGAAAUUCAUUUUUCCAGCUGUUGUCUGUCCUGCUUCUGUUCUGCUCCGAGGCUCUAACUACCUGGGACGUUUUCACAGCAGAUUAGUUGAAUUAUCAUCCAGAUUUUGGACUGUUGCUCAUUUCCAAAGCUCUCGAGGAGGAAUAGGGUCUACUGUAAGAAAGAAUAAAUAUUCAAUUUAAUAAGAAGGAAGAUUUUUUUUAAUGCAAUCUGAGAAAUGUCCAAACACACUGUCCCUUACUUACAUGACAACCUUUACCUUUUAAGGUUUUAACGCUUAGUUCUCAAUAAUAUUAAUUCUUUGUUUUUACUCAUCACAACAAACAUAAUGAAAAAGUUUUAAGAAAGAAGUUAAGUCUAAAUUCUGAUCAAAACAUUUCGAGUCUUUUUUCAAGGUUUGAUCUUCAUGCCCCACACGUAAAAACAAUUAUUGACAUUACUUUAAACUGUUACUAACUUUUCACUCUACAUAUCUUUCAACAUGUUUGAUAGGACAUUUAUUCUUGGCACGUUUCCUCAACUUAACAAAUGUAUUCCUGCAUUACAACAUUUAAAAAAAUCUUUCUUACACUGUGUCCUAAUGACUCUGUAUUUAGCAGCAGAAGUGCAGGUGACACAGUGAAAAUGAGGUUUCUUCUUUUUAAAACAUUGUUCACAUUGUUUCCUUUUGUGUUGUUGCAGUUUUCUUUUUCUGUCAGGCCCAAUCUCUGAACGAUGACAGCAUGUUUUCAAAGCUAAUGAAGUCAAUUGAGUUGCAAAACUACCGUAGUCUUAUUUCCCUUUAUUUUCUAAAUUGGAUUUUAUAAGUAUGACGAUUAUGUUAUUUUAAGAAAUAUGAACACAAACCUCAGUUAUCUUUGAAAGAGGCAGAGUGUUCAUAAAAAGGUUUUGAUCCAUUUUCAGGGUCUGAUGCCGUGUUAGCAAUGUAGCAAACAUCUGUGACUAAUAAUUCAGAACUUCAGUUUUGUUGCAUUUUUAAAUGUCUGUUUCUUUCCCUUCAUCAAUUCUCAUCCCAACUGAAGACAACAUACUCCAAAAACAUCUGUCAGUGAAUAUGAUACGAGCUCAAUGACUUGUGUAGAGCAGUGGGGCUGGGAAACAGAUGAUCAGAGGUGCUGUUAUGGAGGGCUUCAACACGUGAUGAAAGCAAACUGUAUAUACUGCAAAAGUAAUUGCUAAGUAUGAAUGAGUGAUUAAUACAAGAAAAAAUAAAGAAUGGGUGUAACUUC